CUCUGGGUCUCAGAUUCAGACACUCGGAGUUUCAGGUCUCAGGAGACAGUCGAGAAUGGGAACGUAUCAGUAGGAAGGCGGGAGACGGGAGGCGUAAGGAACGUGUUAUGCACACGCUCAUAUGUAUAUGUUGUACAAGGCGCAUUAUACAUCGCAUAUUGAUAUUAGCAUACGGCAACAUAUUCAGACUCAGCUACGAUCGCGUUUGCGUUCGUGGUCAGCGAUGUUCACCGUGACGUGCUUCGUGUCUCUAUCUCGUCAAGUGUCAAGCGUCGCGCUAGCAUUACCCAUGAGCUGAAUCUCGCAGAACGAGAAUAGCUGUCAAAUUGCGUGCGCACGCAUGCAUUUACAUACGCAAGAAAGCAAGAGAAUCAUCACGUUGUUCACGAUAACCUGGAAGCCUGACAAGGGCGGUGACGAUCGACGAAGAGUUUUGUGGUGAAAGUAGAAAAAAUAUUGUCCAUCCUUUUUCUUUUGGCGUGAGAACAAAGAAUAUACAUCCACCAGAUAUAUACACGAGGAACACUCUCCGUGCCGAUGAAACCUUUGAUCGCCAGCAAUGGAGCCUGAGGAGCCUUUGAUGCAAGGAAUUCUGCUGUUACCGCCGCAAGGAAUGCUAGGCCAACUCAAGAAAACAUGGCACAAGAGAUUUUGCCAGCUGUUUAGAACGAGCAAUUAUGGAAUCAAACGCGUUGAGAUCUACGACAAUCAAGAGGAAGCAAUAUUACAGUCCCACUCUCCACGCAUUAUUACACUAGAUGCUUGUAUAAAAAUUGCACCCAGCAAUCAAUCACAUGUUUUUAUCGUGGUGACUAAAUCAGGAAUACAUUAUUUUGGCUGUUAUUCAGAAAAUGAAAUGACUCAUUGGAUUACAGCAUUCCAGUUGGUUGCUUUCAAAGAUAGUGUAUCAAAUCAAACAAUAGAAGAGAACAAUGAUCUGUAUUGCACUACUGGAGAAGGUGUAUUUUCUGUGAAAGUUGUAGAAACGGAUGCAUCUAAGCGAUGUGGACUCGAAGCAAGAAACUAUACAUUAGUAAUUGCCACUGUGGAUAUGAAAUUGAUGGAUGGUGACAUUGUGCUAUUCACAUGGCCAUAUAAGUAUAUUAGAAGAUAUGGAUAUAGAGAUGGAAAAUUUAUCUUUGAAGCUGGAAGGAAAUGUGAAUCUGGCGAAGGUUCCUUCCGCUUAGAGCAUAGUAGCCAGCAAGAGAUCUUUCGAUGUAUGUAUUCGAAAAUGAGAUCUAUGAAAAAGUUAUUAAACGAAGAACACAAUCCAAACAUAGAAUGUAAUGAUGCUCAGUAUCAUGCAGCUUUGUCUAUGGAAGCUGGCUCCAGAGCGGCCUUACCUCCCUCUCUGAAUAAUUCUAGCAAUCUAAUUGACAUAGAUUUUCCUACGCCGCAGAGUUCUCAAAAACCAUUGACUUCAUCGAGUAUGGAUUCUACCACCUCGUCAAGUAGAUCAAUAAAUAAGUCUAAACCUGCCAAGCCACCACGAAAAUACUUUGGUAAUCUACUGGAGAAGAAGAAUCUCGAUUCAGAAUUUCUAGAUUUACCCACGUGCGGGGAAUAUAGAACAUUAAGCCAAGCUAAUUCACCAGAAUUGUCUCACAAGUUCAUAAGUGGUGAUAUGCGCGAAGAAGAAGAGAAACACUCGUAUGAUCUAGUAGAAAUAAGAAACGAUGCGUGGAAAACACACGGUAUUGAUAGCGUGCAUCACACUGAGAGGGUAAAUUCGAGUUUACCUGGAGAACGAGAUAAAGAGAACGAUAACGAUGAUUUACAAUAUGAGAUCAUGAUGCCGAUACGAAAUCAUGAUGCGCCAUUCCAAAAUUCGUGCAAAAGUAUAGGCGGCGAUUCCGCGCCGUCGGUGAUACACAAUAUUGCCAAGACAGAUGAGUCGGAUUACGACAAAUUGGAGCACUUUGGAUCCGCAACGAAACUCAGUCCUAAAUCUACAUACAAGUAUACGAAUUCCUCACAAAGCAUACAUUCCAAUAUAUCUCAUGGGGAAAAUUCUAAUCUUAUUAAUCCGGCAUGGUCCAAUUACGAUAUCGUCGAAGAUAUGUCUGCCAUUAGAUUAGCCGACGAUAGUCAUUUGGGUUACGGAAUUAUCCGGAAAAAACCGGAUUCUUCCGAGACGAUUUCCGUCAGUGGUAAUUUCGCAAGUGGUCCGCAACAUAAAGUUUUCAAUAACAGCGAAUACGCAAUUGUAUCCAAGCCAAAAAGGGUAUAAAAUACCCAAAUAUUCGAAUAUCCUUUCAAAGUAUUACGAUCGCGCGACAAAUUGUCUUUAAACUUACAUUUCCAAAAUUCUUGUUCAUUCUUUUGUAAUUAAUUGUAAAAAUGUGAAGAAUAUGCUAGUCUGCUAGUGCGUUCUGUGUGGCUCGAAAUUUAUUUCUCGCUUUACAAAAUUGCAUUGUAAAAUUAUUAACGUAUAUAUCAUGAAAUGAUACAAAAAGAUGCAAUAUUCUUUCUACCCGGUAUGUUUAUUCACUUUCUAUAGCAUUUAUAGAGAUAGAGAGAAAAAAACCUAGUCUUUUUAUUAAAAAUUUAAACAUCUUAAACUUUCACAAUUGUGCCUUUUUAGGAGAGAUUUUAUAUUAUUAUUGAUUAGACUGAAGGCUCAGUGCGAUUAAGAUUUUAUCUAAUUGCAUUUGACUGAUUUAUGAAAAUACAUGUGUAGUGCCUUAUAUAUGAAAACAUUUUAAUUGAUGCCAAAUUGAUAUAAUUAAACAAUUCUAAAUACGUGCAUGCGCGUGAAAUCUCUAUCGAUAUUUGAAUAUAUACAUGUUUAUUGGUGUACUUAGAGAAAUUUACUAUGAUAUAUGUAUAUUUUAUAAUUAAGAUUUUUUAACUACUAUUGCUUCUAUUUUUGAUCAUUACACUCUAUUGUUAUAGCGCUUAUUAUAUAACUACUGCUAUAAUAUGAAUAAUUCAUGAUUAUAUCUCUUUUUUAAUUUUGUCAUAUCUUUGAACACAUGCGAAACAUUUAUUUUAUGCAAAUGUGUUAUAUAAACUUGGUCUAUAUAUGAAUAGCGUAAAAUUUUCUAUAUGUAAAUGCCUUGAUACAAAUUUUUUUCCAAACAUAAAUCAUCACAAUUGGAUAAACUCAUUCGUAGAUAUUUAACAUUAUGCUGUUGCGAUUCUAUUAUAUUAUAUCAAUGAACAUUUAUGCUUUAUGUAUAUUAGUGCUUUUGUUAGCAAUAAAAUCAACUUAUUGCCUUAAUUUAUAUAUAACUUACUGCAAAUCACUAUCAGAUUGGAAUAAUUCAAAAUAAUAUUAUCAAGAGUAAACAAAAAAUUUCUAUUGCAUUUCUCUUGAUUAAAAUAUUACAUAUGUAUUUAGUACGUACAUAUAAAAAUAUAUAUGUAUAUAAAUGUGCAUAUGUAUAUACACACAUUUAAAGUGUAAGGCGAUAAGUGACAAGCUACAGAAAUCACUAUCAUUCAUUAUGUAAAUUAAUGACUGCAGGUCAUUUGUAAUAAUAGCAUAUAUAUAUAUAUAUAUAUAUAUAUAUAUAAGAAUAAAUAACUAACUUUUCGUAUA